AGUGUGUUCGGGGCAUCCAAAUGCUCCGCACUGCGCAUCAUUUGCCUGACAGUCUAUCAACAUGAAAAUUCUUAAAAAAUCUCUUGCAUCGUCAAGCUCUAGAAGUGAUAUCACUCGCAGAAAGUCAGAGUUCAUUAUUUUAGCUUAGUUAAAUAUAAAUCAGCAAACUCUUAUCGGUGUAACGCUUUAUAGUUUAAUUAUUAUAUCAACAGGACAGCGUGUUUACGCAAAUUCACGUCGUACGAUACAAGAUAAGCGAAGUGAAAGCAAACAAUUCCAGUUGUGAGAUUAGAAGCAAAUAGAGAGUUUCAAUGGAAAUAUCUGAUUUUCGAUGAGAAAUAUAAACUAACACCGAAAUGAUGGAAUAUAAUGGAAGUAAUAAAAAGAAUUUCUAUGUUGUUCGGUUUAUAGAAAUACCGUUCGAAGGAAUUGAUGACUACGUCUGUGUGCCAAACAGUUGGGUGGUGAUACGUCGGGUCACAGAUAAGAAAGUUGUUAUUGCAUACCCAAAUAACGAAGAUCCCUUUGAUACGCGAGAUCGCGUCAAGAGGAAAGAAAAGUUUGAUGAGGAAUGGAGGUUUUACAUGGCUGUAGUUAAAUAUGAAACUGAUAAUUACAAAGACGCUGAGUAUUGGAUAGCCUCGAAGAAUAAUUACGGGUCUUUGAUGGAUAAAUAUUUUGAAAUUGAAUGUGAGCAUCAAGAUUCACAAUCACCCAAGUUUAUGAGCAGAUUGCGCAGUGAGAGCCGAAAAAGUCCAUUGAAAUCUAACACGGACAAACCUCGGAUGAAAGUAAAGUCUACUGAGAAUUCGCGGAAGUCUCUGCGAAAAAUAAUACUGAAGAAAACGGUAGAGAAAAAACCCACGGAACAGCUUUAUGAGAAGCUGCUGAAGCUGGAUAAUACUAGUCAGACAUCUAGAUCAGCAGAUCAGACAGAAGCAACUGUUGCAUCAUCCAGCAACAAACCUGCCUCUUCUCAGCUCACAAGUGAAAAGCGUCAUCGAUCUUCACCAGUACCUCAAGCCAAAAAGAAGAUGCCAAGUUUGCCAAUUAUAGACGUUGAUACAGCAACAGAAGUCAUCAGUAUUGACAAAGAAGACGAGUUGCAAGAAAGACAGCAGAGUGAAGCGAAUACCGACAACCAAAGUCAACAUGUUAAUAAUCCGUCAGCUGCAUCAAUGGCACCACCACAACCUCCUACGUCAAUUCAGCAGUCUCCUCAUUCGGAUCAUCAUGAUCAUCGAAGACAUUCACAGGAGGGGAAAAAUUCACACAUUAAACCGGAAAUAAGAGAAGUUCAAUAUGUAGUAGAAAGUGACACCAAUGAAACACCUCGCAAUGUUAGAAUUUUAAAUAGCGAGCCAAAUACUUCUGACCAUCUACCUAAAUUUCUAAAAAUGAGCGCCCAACUGUACGACCAAGGGAAUGAGAGACCGUCUAUGAUACCAAUGCAUGAGCCAGUUGAGAAGAGAACACGUCUUGCGAAUUGCGAGAGACUUAUGGCCAUUGUCGCGCAGAACCCAUCAAAUCUGAUGGACCAAAGAAGAUCAUCACCACCAGAGAGACAGGAACCAUCUGUUACUCAGAACUCAUCGCUGAAUAUUCCAGAUUUCCGAAUAAAGAUUGAAAGAUCCUCUAACAUGAAUGCUCUUGAUCCAAAGGUAGUUCUUGAGAGAAUCGACAAUGUCGCAUCCGCUGUACGGUACACUCCAAGCUUACCUCAUCAACGUCCUAGCUUCGUCCGACGAGUAAAUAAACGACGAUAUUCACCACCUCUAGAACAAUGUCAGCAGCAGCCAAUGGAUAUUCCAGAAACACUUCAACGACCCAGAAGAUCGCACAGUAUCACUCAGAGAACUGAUCUUGAAGAACUUUCGAUGCGUAAAGCAUCUUCUGUGCAGCGUCUCCCUAAUCCAGAAGCUAACCAGCCGAAUGAGGGUGCCCCGCAAUCUUAUCAAAGCAAUCCAGGCACUUUCCAUCAAGAACAAAAUCAAGAUCUACGCAGGGUGUUUAUCGAAAGAAUAAAUCCCACUCAACCAACUAGUUCGGGUAUAGAAAUAAAUAUACCAGCAUGCUAUCUGAUUUCAACAAACGUACCAAUUCAAAAAGUUCCGAGCUCAAACUUCUCACUACAAAGACAGCCGCCACAGUAUCAUCCAGAUGCACAACAACAAUCACGUCCAUCAGAACUACAAAUUGGCAUUCCUACCCACGCCAGCAGUCAUAAAAGACUACCUAUCGUUCAGGACGUUAGCCAAAGAUCAUCACAACAUAUUCAAUCAAGCAUUCCAGAUUCAAUAAGACAAUCGUCUACAAUUACUUAUCCAAACUAUAUACGAGACUUGCAGCGAUUAGAAACAAGAGUUCAAGGAAAACCAAUCGACCGCAAUCCAGGUUCUGAAAUUUCCUCUCAAAACAUCAUACCACCAGCAGCAGCAGGUGAAUUUCGCAGCUUGGAAGGGCCAUCGUAUUCAUCCCAACAAUUUCGAAGAGAACUAUUAAAAUCUGGUAGUGAUAAUCUGCAUCAGCCCUUUCUGCCAUACCAACGAAUGCCCUAUCAACUUCCUGAUAUGGCUAUGAAACGAGUAAUCUCCGAAAGUAACAUUGCCAACUCAUCUACCGUACGAAGCCCCCCAAGAUCAGAGGAUCAUGUUCGUCACACCGAUAAAUGUAUGAAAGUAGACCCUGUAUUUCCUGGACAAAGUUCUUUUCCACAUCCUAAAGUUGCUGUGGAUCAUGAAGUCCUUACAGAGCAAGAGACGUUUACUAGCAAUGCUGACUGUGCAGGAGCUUCAGGUAAACAAGACUCUGCAUCAUCAAAUAAACAGCUACAUGCUAGAAUCGUUUUAGAGCAGCAAAUGUUGGAUCAAUUUUCAACGAUUAUGACUCAAGUGGGAUCUAAUUUAUAUUAUACCUGUGAAAUGUACAAAAAUUUACAAAGUUCCAUCCUCGAAACUGCCGACACGUACAAGAAGUUGUUGAAUUUAGCCGAGAGGUUCAACGCCCUAGAAACCGUAAAAGGCGCUGCGUCUUUUUCCAGUACAGUGGCACCGAAACUCUUGUCAUUGAAAGAAGAAAAAAAAUCUAGAGCUCCAAAGAGAGCGAGCUCUAUCAAUCAUAACCCACAUAGCAGUAGAAUUGACGAAGAACUGCUGAAUAAAAAACGUACUAUGCAAUGGAAAGUCGUUUUACCAGCAGAAUACGAUCCUAAUGAUACAGAAUGGACACUUAAGUGUAAAAAAAUCGUGCCAGGGCUCAAAGAGCUCUUGCCUGAAAAAGGCAUUUACGUCAACUGUGCGAAACUGAUGCAUGCCGAACGAGUAUCAGGCGAUUGCAAGACGUUAGCGUCACUAGUGCUCGAGGAAGUCUUUAGUAAAAUUGCCCUAACUGUAUGUUCAACAUGGUAUGAAAACAACUUUCCCAACGAAUGCUGGAUUGAGAGGCCUCCGUUGGAUCUCGCGGCGUGGUAUAUCUUGUUCAAUUACGUCUUACGGUUCGGACGUCAACACGGUUGGAAAAUUGACACCGAAGAGAUCAUCAAAGCUAUGGACAACAAGAUUUACGAAAUACGAAUCAAAAACGACAUUUUGACUGAACCUUGUAUGCUUUAA